UUUCCUUACGAUCGAAGUUUAUCGAACAAAACAUCUGGUUUUCACCAGUUUAUUAUUAGUGAUCAACUUAUGUAUUUCAAAUUUUCCAAUGAUGAAACGAAACUGUGUUUACCAGUUCUUCAUGAUUUAAUCGUAUUUUGCUGCUAGUUAUUGAGGAGCCACAGAAUGUUGUCUGUACCCAGUGAGGCUACUGCAUUUUUAGGAGUGGUGGGAGCCUUCCUAGUCCUGUUGGUAGUGUUUUACUUAUAUUUGAAGAAGAGCCUCUGUUUUACUGCAGAAAAUGACUUUCCAUGUUGUAAUGUUGGAGAGGAAGAGAAGAAAAGAUCUGUGGUGAAGAACUUGGGCUCAGCAUUUGCCUAUAGUGAUGGCUAUUCAUCAACAGACAGUGAGGAUGAAGUUUUGCAGAGAUUACAAAAAUCAGCUAGUUUUCAAAGUGGACCUCGGAGAGCUACUAGCAGCCAUGGCAUUGAUGAGGCUAAGAAAUCUGAUAAAUUCUCACACCUGUGGGAGAGAAAUGUAGAACCAAGUGCCAUGGAAGAAGAGUCAGUUGGUAGUGAGAACAAGGACUUCAUUCUUUUGGUGGACAAAGUACAACAUGAGAAGCUUGUGAGCGGUUCUUCUGGGACGGAGGAGACAACGGAACAGUGCUCUGAAGAUGCAACUGCACCAGUAAAUGGUUCACAUCAGUUUCACUUUGAAAACAAUGCAUUCCAGAAAUGUGAAGGAUUGGCAGCUACCUCUAGUCAGGCAAUAUCCACAGCAGAAGAUCCUUUGCUUAACCAAGAAGACAGGCUUUCAGACAACAGUGAUCUUCAAGGUGUGCUCGCUGAUCAAGAUCGUGGAAGAAUUACUCGAUGUGGGAUGUUGGAAGCAUCAUUCCUUUAUGAUCCAGAAGCAAAAAAAAUCACUAUUCAUGUUUUACAAGCCCAGGAUCUCCCUUCCAAAGAUCGUGGAGGCUCCAAUUAUUUUCAGCUUCGACUAGUGCUCCUACCCCAUAAGAAACAAAAGCACAAGUCUAGAGUAAUUCACAUUACUGAAACCUACUUUGGAGAAACCUACACAUUCAAUCGUAUUAACUUAGAGGAUUUAAACACUAUGGGAAUUCGAUUUCGUCUGCUUGGCUGUGAGCGUAUGAGACGAGAACACUUAAUUGGUGAAACUGUACUUGCUUUUGCUUCUUUACAGCUGGAUGAAGAAAGUACAGUGUGGUUGAAUUUGGAGCCUAGAGCCAACCUAGCACAUGCUGAUUCCAAAGCUGACGUUUCUAGCCUAGCUCGCAGUGACAGUGCCAGCUCUACACAGUCUAUGCAGCAUGGUGGUCUCCCAGAGCUCCUGCUAGGAUUAGCUUACAAUGGAACUACUGGCCGUCUAGCAGUAGAAGUUUUGAAGGGCAGUCACUUUCGUAACAUAGCCAUGAAUAGAGCUCCAGAUACCUAUGUCAAGUUGUCCCUUGUUUCAUCAAAUGGUCAGGAGAUUUCAAGAAGCAAAACAUCGAUACGACGAGGUCAACCAAACCCACUGUUCAAAGAAACCUUUGUGUUUCAGGUGGCACUUUUCCAGCUUCCUGAUGUUACUCUGAUGGUUUCUGUUUAUAACAAACGCAGCAUGAAGCGCAAUGAGAUGAUUGGCUGGUUUUCUUUAGGUUUGAACAGCAGUGGAGAAGAGGAAUUGUCUCAUUGGAAUGACAUGCGUGAAAACAAAGGGGAACAGGUUUGUCGCUGGCAUGUUCUCCUUGAAACUUAAAAUUAUUGGAGAUUCCUGGGUAAAGUUUGUUACCUAAUUUAUAUCCCACCUCCUAAUACCUAGCUUCUGAUUGGAAAAUCCAUGUAUAUGAAGCAUUUGUGUAUCACCAUUCUCUCCCAUGUUGAUAAUUCCUAUGUACAUCUUUUCUUCAGUAAAAGGGGUUUUUGAGAGAGUUACUUAUUGAACAGUAUCUUUAAUUGAAAAAAAAAGUUUGAUGUUUGGAGUUGUGUCAUCCACAACAUAGGAAGAUAACAAUCAGUAGAGCUUUACAAAUAAAGAGCAUUACUUGUUCUUUAGGGCUCCUUUGAUUUCAAAGGUUCACAAUGUUUAACAUGUUUGGAGAAUGCAUGGUAUUUGAAAAGAGUGGUAGUUUUUUACAGAAUUAUAGAAAAUUAUGAAAUUCGUUAAGACUGUUCAUUUGUAUGGCAAAAGUGAUUGAAAAGCAUGUAGAGGUUCUGUUGAACAAAUAAGUAUUUACCAUUUGAAGGUACAAGAACAGGUUGUGUUUUAUAUAUAUAUCUGAUGUUUAAAUUUCAUCAGUUCUUUCUGGAGCCAGAAAAAGACGUUGCAUGAAAUAUUCUCAGAUCUAUGCUACACCAGUGUUUGUGGUGUAUGUUCCCUAUAUAAAUUUAUGAACUACAGUAUUGUGAAAUUGAUUGUUUAAGGCAGCUUGAAAUAAAUGUAGCUAUGUGUGUAUAUAUAUAUAAUAGAUGGUGGAAAAGUAAAACGUGUAUUAGUGUUUGAAUAAGUUUAUGUGUUGCAUAUUGUUAUAUAUAUUAUAUCUUUGAAAUAUUAUAAGUAAUGAAAACUGUUAAUACAGUGCAAGUUUGAAGGUCACGUAAUGUUAUACCUUUAUGUAGUAUUAUCUGUUCUUUCUUGUGUUGUACUGAUAGUAGUUGAAGUAAUUUCACUGUAACACAAAUAUACUGUUGAUAAUGAUAGUAGCUUUUGCUUACUGUUUAUAUUACACAGUUGUAUUUCAAGUCAAUGUUAUUUACUAUUGUUGCACAAAAUUUAUUCAGCAUUUUUAAAACAGGUGAAAAUAUAAUUGUUUAUUGGACAAAUAACUAUUAUAAAAUUAAUUAUUUAUCUAAAAUGUUGAUAAUAUUAUA